UAUAUAUAUAUAUAUAUAUAUAUAUACCAUACCAUUCAUCUAUAUACGGUAUGUUAUGUGGAAAUUGACUUACAAAAGGUUUUCUUGAUCAAGCAUGGCCAGUAUCCAUCUUCGCUCACAGUAGGAUAUAUACAGCGACAGACAAUGCAUCAUAUACGCUCUAAGAACACUAAACUAAUGUGAAACUUAGUGGUUUGCUUUCAGUCCAUCAAACCUUCAUGAAUCUACAUAUGAUGAUAAAUUAAUUCUACACCGAUAGGAAAUUGUGCUGAGUUACAUUUCAAACAUUUCUUUUUCACUAUCUGUCGUUUGUAUUCUUAUUUAUUAAGUUUUCCUUUUUAUUAUUUCUUUCUACUUGGUCUAUUGUUUUCUGUCUUGCUGUUUACUGUGACGCUUGGUGCUAACGUCGUUAGCGAUCUGAUAAAAAUUUGAUAACAAUCAAAACUUACGUUGUGUAAGUGAUGUAAUGCUUAAAAAAUCUUAUCAGAUUAUAAUAUCAAUGGCCAGGUUUGUACUAAGAAAAAAAGAAAAAUUUCGAUGCUGUUCUUUAUGGAAAAGUCCACAGGCCUCUGAAUGAGUCCAGAAGAACUAGACUCCUAAUCGGAUACGAAAAGAUUGUCUGUAUUUGUUGAUAUUUUGAAAACGUGCGUUUUUGACUAUCUUUAGUAAUGAAUCUCCUCAUCAUCGUCAUUUAAACUCGCCUGAUGAAUGAAAAAAAAAAAGAUAUAAAAAGGCUGUGCUGCUCCUAAACCAGCAUUCAUCCACAGGAAUAGACUAACUUCGGUCUUAAUAUUAUUCACAAUGAGUACUGACUAUACUAAAGAACAGACGUUCGUUGACCAUUUACUUUCUUUGCCUUCUGAAAAGUUGAAUGCAAUUCGUGGUAAGCCUGAGGAGGUUAUAAAGGCCAUUCAUGAUUUUGAGAAAACUGCAGACACAUUCUACAUGGAUGUUGGAGAACACAAGGGCCAGGCGACGAUAAAUGAAAUACGGAAAAAGAAGCCUCAAAUCAUGGUUGAGCUAGGUUGUUAUCUUGGUUAUUCUGCGGUGUUAUUUGGCAAGGAGCUUUUGCAGGAUCCUACCGCUCAUUACUAUUCCCUUGAAAUUAACCCCAAAUUUGCGGAACUGGCUUCAAAAGUAAUUGAGCUGGCAGGUCUAUCUCACAAAGUAACGAUACUUGUUGGUCCUGCAACAGAAUCUUUGGUUACUUUACGAGAGAAGCUUCGAAAAGAGGUCAAUGGGUUCCAUGCAUUUGAUUUUGUUUUUAUCGAUCAUUGGCAAAAUCUAUAUGUUCCCGAUUUACGAGUGAUGGAAUCUUUAGAUCUAAUCGCUCCGGGAACAAUUUUGGUGGCCGACAAUAUUUACAUACCCGGUGCCCCCGAAUAUGCAAAGUAUGUUCAAGCAAAUCCAGAUUUUAAGCGCGAAUACAAUGAAAAAGUUAAAAAUGCAAAUGGAAAUGAGUAUAUUGGCAGAUGGGACAUUUUGUACGACUCGAAAACCGUGCCUGUUGAGUUUCCUUUAGGGACAGAUGCUAUCGAGAUUACUCGCUGCAUUGGAUAUGCAGAGAAAUGAGUCUUCUUUAUUUCUUAAGGAGGUGUUUUAACACUCUUCUUUUGUUCUACUAAUCGGAUACCCAAAGAGAAAGACUGGAAGAAUACUAAACAUGGAGAGACAGUAGAACAUUAUAUUCAUGCGAGUCGAUGAUUAUUCAAGCUCGAAGUUGAUGAAGCAAAAGAAAACGAAAUUGCAUAGGCUUUCUACAUUGUACUACAAUGUUGACGUGAGGAUCGAGAUGUAACUUCACGCGUGCGAUUAAUGUAGGUUAUGAGGCGCUUUGUAUCGCAAACAACAUUUUAUAAUUAGGGAAAUCACAUACCAUUGGUAUGUUAGAACAUACUCUUGGAAUGUGAUUUGUCCUGGUAAGGAUUUUUAUGCUCCUCGACUUUGACUUUUGUACUUAUAAUACAACGUGAUAUAUGUUGUAUGUGGAC